CAUACGUGCCUAGUCACUGAUAGGCAUCCGUAUAGUUUAUUCUAUCGUGUUACAUAUGCGUACCUGACGUGUCAAGUAUAGGCCACCAUAGACAAUAGUUUGCCGUUCAAACUCUCUGCUGGCGCUCUCUGCCAUGCAGUGCUAAGCAAUGGAGCGUAUGAGAAUUAUAGCUAUUUUUCCAGCGAUACGAUACACAGGCACUCCCGCGAACUUUCCACCGUGUUAAAAAAGUCUACUAAUUACUACCACAACUACCUGUCGGAAAAUAUGGAGCGGAAUCACAGCGGAUUAGUAAAUGUCUGUGUCAUAAUUUUUUCUCUGUUGGACAUUUCGGCACCGGCUGGUGAUAGUGUCUGAUUGUGGAUGACUUAAUACUUAACACAAGCACAACGACAUACACACUGAUGUCAUGGAAAAAGCAUCAUCCAUAUCUGUGCUGACGUCAUUGGUGUAUGUGUUGGUGUCCUUGCCCUAUGCGUUGACCCAGAGCCUGGUCGUGGAGACCGACAAGGGACUUGUGAAGGGAAAGCGCAUACAGGUGCACCAUGGGAAACAGGUGGAUGUAUUUUACGGAAUACCUUACGCCAAGCCUCCGAUAGGGAGGUAUCGUUUCCGUCACCCUCAGCCAAAUGACCCUUGGUCUGGUGUAUACAACGCCACACAGCGGCCAAACGCUUGUAUGCAAGGUUUCGAUGUUGUUUUUCCGGGUUUCAAUGGAUCUAACCAAUGGAAUCCUAAUACGCCCCCUAGUGAGGACUGCUUAUACCUCAAUGUUUGGCGCCCAGUUAGCAAAACACAAGAUCCUAAACCUAAGGCGGUGAUGGUAUGGAUCUACGGUGGAUCCUUCCUCAGUGGUUCCUCUUCCCUAGACGUUUACGACGCGAAAUACCUCGCGGCGGAAGAAGACGUAGUCGUUGUAUCUAUGCAAUACAGAGUGGGCUCCCUUGGUUUCUUGUCUUUUGAUCAUCUUGACGCGCCUGGUAACGCUGGCGUCAUGGAUCAGUCAAUGGCGUUAGACUGGGUCCAAAGGAACGUGCACCAUUUUGGCGGAAGUACGUACAAUAUCACACUGUUUGGAGAAAGCUCGGGUGCCGCGAGUAUUGGCAUGCAUCUUUUGUCACCUUUAAGUCGGGGCAAGUUCGACAGGGCUAUCUUACAGAGUGGAGGACCAACGGCACCCUGGGCCACGCUUACCCAGAAGGAGUCUACAAGGAGGAGUCACGUGUUCGCAGGGGGAAUGAACUGCACGCGCAACAGUAUUCCGGAAAUGCUGUUGUGUCUGCGUAAUCGACCGGCAGUUGAUUUCCCCACGAAUGAGUACGAUCCAGAUAUCGUCAGGGGGAUUUCACAAUUCCCGUUCGUACCAAUAAUAGACGGAGUAUUCUUAACAGAAUCCCCAGAAAACUCAUUCAGACGUCAAAAUUUUAAGAAAGUACCAAUAUUAGUUGGAUCUAAUUCGAACGAAGGAACGUGGCUUCUACCGUAUUAUAAUAUAAACUUGUUUAGUUUAAAACAGGAAAGUACUCUUAAACGACGACAAUUUGUCAUGGCAGUAGACGAUAUGUUCACUCACUACCCUCAAUUUCCGAUGAAAAUCAAUUCGUUUGGAAAAGACGCCAUUUUAUUUCAAUAUACACCGUGGAAGGACCCCAAUAGCAAAUCAAUGAAUAGAGAUCGAAUUGAACAGGCAAUAGGCGACCUGAACUUCAUAUGUCCCGUGGUGGAGCUAGCACAGAAUUAUGCCAUGGCGAAUAUGAGUGUGUACUAUUACGAGUUUGCUCACCGAUCUUCAAGACAUUUCUGGCCUAACUGGAUGGGAGUGAUGCACGGAGAUGAGAUAUUUUUCACGUUUGGUGACCCACUUACCAAUCAUAAAAACUACAGUAAUCUAGAAAAACGAUUGGCAAGAAAGAUGAUGAAAUACUGGGCAAACUUCGCUAAGUCUGGGGAUCCCAAUAUAGAACCAAAUCAUGCGCCAUUAAAUGAGUGGCCGAUUCACACACACACAGAACGGAAAUACCUCCGCCUGGAUACUCACCUAGUGAAUAAUCUGGACAAGUCCCAAUCCGUCCGAUCUGGGCCUAGGAUAAAGCAGUGCGCUUUUUGGCGGGAAUAUCUACCAAAACUGGUAACGGCGACAGAAAACCAUAACUUUGCCUGUGAACCUGCCCACGCCUCAGCUGUCACCAUAGAUACGGUUCUCACACUCGGACUUAUCCUGCUUCUCAUUCCCCUCAUCUUGUGAGGAGAUGACACCACGACAUCAGAAGCAGAAGAGAUGUGAACCAUCGGGGGGGAAUAACUCCACGAAAACCAUUCCCAUGUUUUGCGAAGAAACAACGAAAUUUCAACACCCUACGUAUCACAUGCUCCAGACAUGAACAAACAUCGAACUCCCUGGGCAAAAGGUAUCAGUGCAGAAAACAAGAGAAUCAUGGGAUAGGUCCCAGAGGUCAAAGGUCAAUAUUUGAAUGAUAGGAAUUACAGUGGGCUAUACAAUCAGUUAGAAUGCCAGUAGUGAACUGGACAGAGGGGAGAAUUUUGAAUGCUGGACACACUCAGAAUAACGGCAGUUAAAGACCAGUAAGUCUGCAGUUCUAGAUAUAGCCGAACAAUAAUAUGAAGUCAGACCGAAGGAGACAGCGGAAAACUGAAUUCUUCAACAUCAGCUUAGGGCCUAUUUCUUUGAGGAAAUAAUGCUUUAAAAUCAAAAUUGUCAUCAAAAUGAAUAAAAAAUACCCAUGAUAUUUAUAUUCUAAUCAAUAUUUAUACAUCUGUUAAAAAUUUACAAUGAAAAACUGCCUCCAAACAUAGUUAAUAUAAUCAAAUAUCAUGGUGUUAACAUCAAGUGUAUCUUCAAUACAAAAUGUUGUGUAUGCAAGUUACAAUGAAACGUUUAUUGUGAAUGUCAUAUAUAACAGUGAUAUUUACUAGGCAUUUCAUGGUGUGUACGAGACUGAAAUGUUGUAUUCCAAUUGUUGGUGUGUUCACUUUGUUAGUGUUUUACAUUGUUGGUAUAUUUACAUUGUUGUUGCGGUUUUAUCCUUUGUUUGUUUGUUUAUUGUUGACCUUUGAACUUUUUACGUUGGAAGUUAUAGCCGACACAUGAUUUUGUGUACCACACAGAUGAUUGUUUUGUAAGCUGUAAUCAUGUAAAACAAAACACUGUUUUUAUAUAUAGCUGGUACGUUUCCCACAAAACCAAAGGCCUAGCUGAGAUAUGACACAGGCGAUCGGUUGGUAUGUAUGAUCCCACGAACAGUACAUGUGUGUAAUAUUUGUAGGUGAUUCCUGUAAAUAUUUCUGUUUUAACACGACAGUUUGCCAAAACUAUCCAACUUUGUAUCUGUUAGGUAGUGGUUUUUUUUUAUAUAAAUAAUUACAAAAUGGAUCAUUUAGCUUCAAAUACAACCAACACUUAGUAGAAAACUUUUAUCAGAAUUCAAAAGAAGAUGAAGACACAUGAGGACUGAAACCUGUAAACUAGACUGAUAUUGCUGAGACUCCCAUCUCAACGAUGUCUGUCCAUCUCUUCUUUUGAAUUUUAAAUACUCUUAUGGCCAAACUAGUGAAUUCCGUUUAGGAGUCUAUCAAGCGGGGUAUGCAGAACUUCACUGAACAUGCCACUAGCAGACAUUGGAUCCCAUUUCCCCUUGUAUUUUCUACUGAACAUACCACUAGCAGACAUCGGAUCCCAUUUUCCCUUGUAUUAACUCAUUCACCCCUGAAAUUCAAUAACGAACUAUUCCAACCUUUGGAUUGGAGGAGUUCAAAUGUGUCUUCAGGGUUGAGUGAAUGAGUUAAAUAACAAAAUAGUUACAAAUGAAACUUGUUUGUCCAAUCCGAUCAGGAGGAUCGUUACUGAGGCAGUUAAAGACAAUAGUUAGUAAAUGCAUUUCAUAUUUUUCAGCAAUAAUACAACCAUUCUAAGCAAUACUAACCCUUUCAACCCUAUGUAACUUUAAUAGACUCUACCAUGCAUUGAUCUGGAUGAGUCCAUUAUGGUCUACAGUGGUGACAGGGCUAAUGUUGGUCCAUCCACAUCACUUUUCAAUUAAUUAAGAGUGAUAUACAUAAAAAUCUUGUUAAAUUUUAUAUCUGUUUAUUUUAAAGUCACAAUGUGAUAUUGCUAUUCUGUCUUGUUUAGAAAUCUUGAUAUUCUGUAUUGUUUUUUUAUCUAAUCACUAUUGUCUUUAAAAGUCACUAUAUCAUUUGAAUUUUGGUUUAUUUUUUAUAUAUAAUUAUCACUAUUUCCUAUGCAGUCUUUUUUCCCCAUACAUACAGCUUGGAAGCUAAUAUAAUCAUAAAUCGAACCCAGUAGGGAAGUGUAGAUAAUGUUGUCAUGUUUGUAUGUCAGAAUUGCCCCGUUGAUGUAGAUAACCCUAUUUCCUUAUGUUGUGUCUUCGGUGACUGUACAUAAGUGUAAAUUAAAACGGCGAAUCAAUAAAAACAACAUCAGGGACCUAGGUAUAUUAUUAUGUACAUUUCGAAUUCCGUUCCCUGUGCUUGUACAUUUCGUAUCUACCCAUCAAGUAUUUCUGUAUGUAAUGCGUUCCCUUUGAUGGAAAAUUUCGUACCUGUCUGUACAGUAUUUCUGUUUGCUAAAUGGUCACCGUAGUUGUAUAUUUCAUAUCUAACUGUAAAAUAUUUCUGUGUGUUAGGCUUUCGUAUUUACAAUGACAUAAGUAGCGUGAUGUCCCGUAUGUGUAUAAUGGCAAUACCUUGUAUAAAUAAACGAGCAAAUGUCUACAUUUCUCUGACAAAAUCACAUCAAAUAUGAGUACAUGUGUAUCAUACAUUUGAUUUGAUGAAAUUAUUAGUUGGUUUCUAGAUUCUGAAUGGCGUUCCAACCUCACAAUAAAUAUAGAUCUAUUCCGAUGCCUACACCGAACCUAGUUAAAUCAGUGACGUGGCGGUACAGUGGUAAAUGUGAGUUAAAGUGUUCUGAUGACCUUGUCAACCAAACCUGAAUGGCAUCAACUGGUUUCAACAAAAUUCAGAAAAAAAACACUUUUGUCACGACUUUUACAUUUUAAGAUGUUAAAAAGAAGUUUUUUUUAUCAAGACUCUUUUAUCAGAACUUUUAUAAACAGGUAUAAAUGUUUAUUACAAGAAAAGAAAUUGACACUCAUGAUCAGGAAAACUUGCAAAGUGAAAGCUGAAAUCACUAGCUUUGACUAGUGGGCCACUGGCUAAAUCAACUCCUGUCACAGAGUUUGCUAUCUGGACACUCAACACUAAAACACUCAACCCUCAAAUCGAUUCACAGUAGAACUGAGAAUCAUUUUAUAGUAGUUAUCACAUGACCAUAAAAAAACCUUUUGACACCCUUCAAAAUUCAGUGUUAACAUCUCCGUUAUACAUCAUAUACAAAUGUACGGGGGGCAGAUUUACUCUCGAAGGAGCCAAAAUGUACUACAUCGCAUGUCUGAACUAUCUGCGCUCUGCCUUCACCAAUAUGUGUCUGGUCAAAUUUGACGGGCUUACCAUGAUAUUGAAGAAACCAUUUACAGCACUGACAGAGACAGUGCUAGCUGAACUCAUUCACCCCUGAAAUUUCAUAAUGAACUAUGCCAACCUUUGAAUUGGAAGAGUUCAAAUGUGUCUUCAGGGGUGAAUAAGUUAAAGAGUUGUCACAAGCAAGUAAUAAAUUUGGUUACACAAAGGAAUAUGUGAGAAAUCUGUAAAAAUAAUUUGGGCUGCUUGCAAUAUUUUGCCCAUUUUCGUACAAAAGUGUGGUUAACACAAUGAAUACCAAUAUAAAUAGACGAGAUUUUCUCAGUCGAUGACCCCACAACUGUCAGCUCAGGGCGACCAACAAUCAGUUAACUCUCUUUGUAUUAUAGAGACACAGAUAGUCAAUUUAGCACUGCUGAGGCCUAGAACAACAGCAUUUACUGACUCAACCACAAAACCAAAAUCAGUGUCCAGGUACUUGACUAGUGUAACGACAGGUAAUCAGGAAAGGCGUGCAACAAUCUUUUUUUAAAUACCGGUAACAAAAAAAC